AUGAGUUCAGGGAAGAUUAGUGGUCGUAAUGCAAUCAAUAUUGUGAAAAAUGUUAAAGUAAAGCCAACGUCAGAUAGCUUGAUUAGCGGAUCUAAUAAGGUAAACGUGAAGCGCUCUGGAUUGCUUUCAAAACCGCACAAGAAGCAUGCUUCUUCAGAUAAAAGCCAUUCUUGGAUCAAUCUGAACAAAUAUAUGAACAACUCGUAUGCAUACCCAUCGGCAAGCCAACUGAAUGCUAUCAAUCAUUUCUUCAAUAGAGCAGAAUGCAAAUAUGAAUGGAGCGUGGCAGACUUUGGGAAUAUACCUAGUGAACAAAUGAAAAGUGUCUAUGGGCACAAUAGUGGCAUGAAUCAUGAGGGUGGGAAGUUGUAUAAUGGAAAAACCAGAUACCCAUUUCAGCUACUCAACCCCUUGCCUGAAAUAGCCUUUUUAGGCAAGACCAAUGUCGGAAAAUCUACAAUUUUGAACAAUCUUAUUACUAGUUUUAAACAAAAAGAUCUUGAUGUUCAUGCACGUAUGUCGAAUAGAGCAGGAUUUACAAAGACUUUAAAUUGUUACAACGUGGGCAAUAAAUUCCGGAUUAUUGAUACCCCCGGUUAUGGAUUCCACAGUGCGAUUGAACAAGGAAAUGUUACUUUAGAUUAUUUAUCGAAUAGAAAAGAGUUGAAGCGUUGCUUCCUGCUCAUUUCAGCAAAGAAGGAGAUAAGUGAGCACGACCGCUAUCUUAUGGAUCUAAUGACAGAAUCAGGAAUUCCUUUUGAACUGAUAUUUUCCAAGAUGGAUAAGGUUACAGAUGUUGAUGAGUUUGUUCAAUGGAUUGACUCUAGUGGCUUGAGAAAUUUACCGACUUUGCCAAAGCUUAUUUUUACAAAUUCGAUGGUUUCCAAAUUUAUCAAGAAGAGAUACGGCGUGGAUCUAUUGAGAUAUUCUAUAUUUGAAGCUUGUAAUCUAGAUUCAUCAGUUAAGCCGGAAAGGAUAAAAUACUAG